CGCCGUCCCCUCUCCCUCGCAUUUCUUGGACCGCCGCGCACCUCGCCGGCCCUGACGUCGCCUGCUAAGCUAGAAGGGAUAAAAUUAACCCAAAGAGCCACACGCGCGCAGGAUCCACGCACCAAGCAGCAGCUAGCAGCCAUGCGGCGCAUGUCCCUCCUCCUCCUGGCCGCGGCCGCCGUCCUCGCCGCCGCGGUGGUGGCAGUUCACGCCGGCCCUCCGCCUCCUGUGAAGCUGUCGCCGGACUUCUACAGCCAGACGUGCCCGCGGGCGGAGCGGAUCAUCGCGGAGGUGGUCCAGUCGAAGCAGAUGGCGAACCCGACCACCGCCGCGGGCGUGCUCCGCGUCUUCUUCCACGACUGCUUCGUCAGCGGCUGCGACGCCUCCGUGCUCAUCGCGCCCACGCACUACGCCAAGUCCGAGAAGGACGCGGACAUCAACCACUCCCUCCCCGGCGACGCCUUCGACGCCGUGGUGCGUUCCAAGCUGGCGCUGGAGCUGGAGUGCCCCGGCGUGGUCUCCUGCGCCGACAUUCUCGCCCUGGCCUCCCGCGUCCUGAUCACCAUGACCGGCGGCCCCAGGUACCCGGUCCCGCUGGGCCGCAAGGACUCGCUCUCCUCCAACCCCGCCGCCCCGGACGUGGAGCUCCCGCACUCCAACUUCACCGUCGGCCGCAUCAUCGAGCUCUUCCUCGCCAAGGGGUUCACGGUGCAGGAGAUGGUGGCGCUCUCCGGCGCGCACACGCUCGGCUUCUCCCACUGCCAGGAGUUCGCGUCCAGGAUCUACAACUACCGCGACAAGGGCGGCAAGCCGGCGCCAUUCGACCCCAGCAUGAACCCGACCUACGCCAAGGGCCUCCAGGCGGCGUGCCAGAACUACCAGAAGGACCCAACCAUCGCCGCCUUCAACGACAUCAUGACCCCCGGCAAGUUCGACAACAUGUACUACGUCAACAUCCAGCGCGGCCUCGGCCUGCUCAGCACCGACGAGGACAUGUGGUCCGACAUGCGCACCAAGCCCUUCGUGCAGCGCUACGCCGCCAACAACGCCGACUUCUUCGACGACUUCUCCAAAGCCAUGGAGAAGCUCAGCAUGUACGGCGUCAAGACCGGCGCCGACGGCGAGAUCAGGCGGCGCUGCGACGCAUUCAACAGCGGGCCCAUCACCCAGUGAUCGUGCUAUGAUAUGAAAUGUGUCGCGACGAUCACUGCAUGGUGGCACUGAGAUUCAAGCAACAAAGUUAUAGAGGCUGGGUGAUAUGUCGAGUUUAAUUAAUUCUUGUUCGAUCCAGUAAUCCCUCCCUUUAGUUUGUGUGUGCGGUGACAAGAAAAAACAAUGACAUCUACGCAUUAUUUAUAUUUAUUUUCUUUCUUUUCAUCUAUCAUAUCCUCUAACUCAGGUAUGUCCUAAGUAUAUCCGUUUCAUGAUCUCAUUCCCUACUGUUUCUUUAGGAUAUGUGUAAACUGUAAAGUCACAUUGUUUAAUAUACAAGAAACUCUAGUGUUUGUUUUUCA